AUGGCCGGUGUAUUGAGAGAAGUCGAUCCCACGAAAGCCGACCAGUCAACUAAGGGUUUCGAAGCGCAGGACAACCAAGAGGACGACUCAAGACUACAGCAGUGGCAAGACAUUGGCCACCAGUUUGAACCUGGAGAGCUUGAGCUACUCAAGCAAAGUAUCGUCCAGAUGGCUCUUAACAGGAUCGACGGCCAGGAUGAGCUGUUCGUUGGAGGACUUUGGGCUUUGCGCCGCUCCGACUCGCUGACCGAUCGUCGUAUUACCCACGUACUCUCCCUCGUCCCAUUCGACAUCUCGAGUCUCAAGAACUUCAAAGACGAGCCCUGGAUCGAUUACGGAAAAGACUUUCGUCACACGACCAUCGAUAUUGACGACGUGGAGGAUGCUGACCUGCUGAUUGAGCUGCCUAAAGCUGUCAGCUUCAUCGAGGAGGGUCUCGGCGCGAGUUGGCUUGGGGAUGAAGCGAAAGAGAAGGACGAUAACGAGGACGGGGGCGUCUCAUUAGAAAAGGGUGUUGAAGACCUCGAUAUCGGAGAGAAGAAGAGGAAGAAGAAGGGAGGUGUCUUUGUCCACUGCGCGGCUGGGAAGUCGAGGUCUGUUUCGGCGGUCAUUGCUUACUUGCUUCGCCGAUAUCCAAGCCGUUUCGACCCCAAUAUCACACCUACAUCCAUCUCGGACCCGACCCACUCUGUCCCGCAGACACCAACAGAGAAGCGCUCACGGAAGGAAACUGCACAAGAGGCUGUCCACGCUGCUCUGACGUUUGUUCGCCGAACCCGUCCCAUGGCGGAGCCUAACGAGGGGUUCAUGGAACAGCUUGCCCUGUGGUGGGAAAUGGGAUGCCCUAACGACGUGGAAACACACCCUGUCUACCAGCGAUGGGCUUACAAGCGUGAGAUUGACGAGAACCUUGCAGUAGGCCAGGCACCGACAAGGCUCCGUUUUGAAGAUGAAGAGACUCAGCCUCGCGACGAUUCAGGGCUUAGUCUACGGUGCAAGAAGUGCCGUCGGACUCUGGUCACGGCCCCAUUUAUCAUGGAGCACCGUCCCUCGGAUAAGAAGUCUUCGGCGCCUACGUGUCAGCAUUACUUUGUUGAGCCGCUCAGCUGGAUGCGCCCGGUACUUGAACAGGGAGAGCUCAACGGCCGGAUUGUAUGCCCCAAUGAGAAGUGCGGUGCCGGAGUUGGUCGGUACGACUGGAAGGGCUUUCGAUGUUCCUGCGGCGGAUGGGUGACGCCGGCCUUUUCGCUCCAGAAGGCGAGAGUGGACGACGUUGUGAAGCUGCCAGUGGGACAGAACAUGGGAAUACGGAUGCCGCCGGGCAUGGCCCCGCGGAAUGGUAACCUGUGA